AUGAAGGUCUCUUCAAUCAGACGAAGCUCGAGCCUACCGGAUCUUCGACAUCUGAAGGCCCUGCGUUCAAAUUCGAGUCUAACGGUUCCCAGAAAAGGCGGAUCUCCUUGGCUGACGCUGAUCCUAGACGAUGGUGGUUGUGUCCUGUACAAGCCAGACGAAGGCAAGAUCAAAAGGUGUCCGGGAGACUUUUCAGGGACCCGAUUCCUGGCAAGCUACGGUAAUUGGUUGCUGAUGCUUGAUUUGGCGACAUCCAGUAUGUAUAUGAUAGAUGUGUUUAGAGAGAAGAGGAUAAAUCUUCCGCCUCUAGAGUUUCUGGUGUCAUGCACCUCUUCCCUCAGGCGUGUGAUAGGUAGUGAUAGGGAGUUUAUAUGGAAUUAUCCUGAUGGCUAUCAUUGCGAGCUGACCACCAAUGACCUUAGAGGACGUUUUUGGGUAGACGACAAGGGUGAAGAGUUUCUCGUAGUGUGGUACUUUGACUGCCCUCCGAGUUAUUUGUUCUUCUGCAAGAAAGGGGAUCGUGGUCACAGUGUCAUCCCUCUGCGUGAAGAAGGAGUCCCCAAGUUGUACAAUGGCUUAAUUGAUCUGGCUCUUUGGGGUUACCGUUUAUACAUGGUGACAACCCGUCGUUACAUUAGAGUCAUGGAUUUGUCUGGACAGCAAGGUUUCAGAGAUGUCACCGAGGAUCCUCCACGAGUAAUGCGGUCUCCUUUCGGAGCCGAGCGUUGUAGUAAUAUCGCGGUUACAGGAGCUGGAGAGCUUUUGUUGGUCGACAGCACAGUGCGGAAUGUUGAGAAUGGAAGACGUUUCGGCCUCUACAAGAUGGAUCCUGAGGCAGACCCGUAUGACACCUACGCCGACCUUCUCGAGGUGGAUUCUCUUGGUGACGAGGCCCUGUUUCUCGACUUGGGUAUCACCCUCCCUGCUAAUCCAAGCCUUGGUAUCGAACCCAACUCUAUCUAUUUCACCCAGCACUAUCGUCCUCGUCUCCGUGUCCCUUAUAAGCUAGACGUCUGUGUGUACAAUCUUGCAACCAAAACCUUCAAACGCUUCCCUUAUCUUGAUAACUUUCAUCUCAAGGAUGCGCGAUGGUUUCUCCCUGUGGCUUGA